AUGUUGAUACAUACAAUUCCAAGAUCUAAGAUCUUCCACGAAGAAGGUCAAGAGGUCGCAAAUAUACCGGGCACAAAACCGCCGUUUAUUUUGCAAUUAAAAAAUUCUCGGGCGAUCGGCUCGGGCGAUUCGGAGGCUCGUCCGAUGGUCGGGGGGCAGGUGGGCUCGCAUUUCGCCAAAGAAAUUGCAUUCUGCGAUCCGCCGACGAGCCUACCUGUCGCGAAAAUCGCGCGAGUACCGCGAUUAUUUAACUUCCAGUUGAGUUCUCGAUUCUCGAUUGAGGUAUUUACGCUGCUCGAGGAAGCCCGGCGGUUCUUCACUUUGGGCUGCGGAAAGAUGACGAGGAAAUACAAUUUGAAUAAUAUGACGGAUUAUGGGAAAUCCAGCACAGUACCCCAGUACAUCGCUGCUCUAUCAAUAUGUCUGGGAGCAGUAGCAGCAGGGGCGGUCCUCGGCUGGACGGCCAACAUAUCGGACGCCCUAAAAACAGGCAACCUCAACGACAUCCCCAUCGACAAAGAUUCAUUAGGCUGGAUCGGCUCGUUCGUCAACUUGGGCGCCAUGGUGAUGUGCAUCCCGAUAGGCUACAUCUGCGACCUGAUCGGCAGGAAGCUGAGCUGCCUGCUCACCGUCGUCCCGUUCCUGCUCGGCUGGUUUCUGAUCGUCUUCGCCGACGGCGUGCCGAUGAUCUACGCCGGCCGCUUCCUCACCGGGCUGGCGGGCGGCGCCUUCUGCGUCGCGGCGCCCAUCUACACAAGCGAAAUCGCCGAGAACCGGAUCCGAGGCGCGCUGGGCAGCUACUUCCAGCUGCUCCUCACCGUCGGCAUACUCAUAGCGUACGUCGCCGGGGCCUUCAUCUCACCCAAAAGUCUCGCUAUAUUAAGUCUGUGCAUCCCGGUGGUGUUCGGCGUGGUGUUCUUCUUCCAGCCGGAGACGCCCGUGUACUAUCUGAAGAACGACAAGUACGAGGCGGCGAAGGCGUCGCUGCGGAGGCUGCGCGGCGAGGCGUACGACUGCGAGCCGGAGCUGAAGGAGAUGCGGCUGAGUUUGGAGCAAAAUUCGAGCGGCCGCGCGAGCUUCUUCGACGUGCUGCUGACGAAGGCGGGCGUGCGGGCGUGCGUGAUCACGUUCAGCCUGAUGUUCUUCCAGCAAAUGAGCGGCGUGAACGCCGUCAUCUUCUACACGGGCGACAUCUUCAGCGCGGCCGGGUCGUCGCUGAAGGCCUCGACGGCUACGAUUAUAGUGGGGGUGUUGCAGACGGUCACCACGUUCGUGUCGUCGCUGGUGGUGGACAAAUUCGGCAGGAAACUGCUGCUGUUGCUGUCGAUCCUGUUCAUGGGCCUGUCGGAGUUCGUGCUGGCUUUGUACUUCACGUUCAAAAACCGGAACGUGUUGGACGAGGAGACGGUGGAAUCGAUUGGGGUGCUGCCGUUGCUGUGCUUGGGGAUCUACAUAGUGAUGUUCUCGAUGGGCAUCGGGCCCAUACCGUGGAUGAUAUCGGCGGAAUUGAUGGCGCCGGAGAUUAAAUCGGUGAUGGUGUCGAUCGCGGCUACUUUCAAUUGGUUCUUGGCUUUCUUGGUGACCAAGUUCUACGGGAACAUCAGCGACGCCAUCGGCGCGGAUUCGCCGUUUUACAUAUUCUCCGGUAUUUGCUUCGCCGGAGCGGCUUUUAUGGUGAUGUUCGUGCCGGAGACCAAGGGGAAAUCGGUGGCGGAAAUUCAGGCUAUGCUCGGCGGCGAGAAGCCCCAAGAGGUUGCUAAAGAAGGUAUCGAUAAUCCCAGUUUUAAGUACUAA